AUGGCCGAACCAUACAUUAAGCAGGACCCUCACAUCAAGGCCGAUCCCGAUGCACCAGCGGUGGAGGAGGAUUUAUACGAAGAUGCUGGCGACCUCGAGUUUUACGACAAGAAUGCUGGCGCUUUCGAGACGCUCUACCUAGCUCGCGUUCCUCGAUACAUGUGGGAAGCUUGGUACAAGCUCACCGAACGACUGGGCGACGACGACGAGAUUCAAAUUGGCACUCUGCGAACAUGGACCAACCAAAAGCCAGAUGGCACCUCGGAUACCAAACUUCGUAUGCUUCUCUCUGCCAACUGCCCUGAGCACCAGACGCUGCCUCGCGAAUACGACCUCGAAGUACUGGAGCCCAACGUCAACAAUCACUUCAUCUUCAGUGAGGAGGAUUUGCCCGGUUUCAAGGCGCGCAGCAAGGCGCGACAGGAUGCUGCCGCUGCCGGCAUUCCCGCCUCAUUGCUAAGGCAGAGACAAGCCAACAACGGAUCAGAUCGACCGACGUACGACCGCAAGAGCCGAUACCAGCCAUACUACCGAAAAGCUGUUCCCAAAAGGACAAAGAUCUUUGGCAAGAUUCAUUAUGACGUUCGCGUGGAACCUCGCGACAUUAGGGAAGAAGAGCGACUGCUUCAGCAGAAGCUGCUAGAAGCAGAAGGAAACAAGUCCAAGCUCCAAAUCAUCAGCCAAAGCGCAGCAUCAUCCAUUGUCGCCCCCGGAAGCGCAGGUGCAGUCAGCUGGGGUGGCAGCUUUAUCAAGAACACUGCAUCUACAGCCAAGCCAAAGAAGGGCGAGGUUUUCAAGGCCGCUCGUAUUCCAGAAAACCAGCUUCUGGAUCUUAUCUUCGAGUGUUUCAGGCAGUAUCAGUAUUGGUCCAUGAAGGCGUUGCGCCAGAAGCUUCAACAGCCUGACCAGUACCUGCGUCAAGUGCUUGAGAAGAUUGCGGUUCUCAACAAGAGCGGCCGAUUUGCCAACCAUUAUUGCUUGAGUGACGCUUACCGUGACAAGGGCGGCGCAGAGGCCCAGGAAGCUGCUGCCGAGCCCAUGGACGACGACGAUGAUGACGAAGAGAUGGAAGACGUACUGCCAGCAGCUUAG